CCUAAAAAUCGUCGAAUUACCCAUCACUGGAUCUGAUCUUCAAGUGUCACGACGUGAAACAAAAAUUAUUGUUCUAUCAAAAUAUCCGUUAUAAUUCGAUAUAAAACAAUAUACUAAUCAUGGCAGGUUCGGCAUUGAGGCGUCUUAUGGCUGAAUAUAAACAAUUAACCCUUAACCCGCCCGAAGGUAUUGUUGCUGGACCAGUCAAUGAAGAGAAUUUUUUCGAAUGGGAGGCACUAAUUACCGGUCCAGAAGGUACGUGCUUCGAAGGUGGAGUUUUUCCAGCGAAACUUGUUUUUCCACCUGACUAUCCAUUGAGUCCACCAAAGAUGCAGUUCACAUGCGAAAUGUUUCACCCAAACAUUUAUGCUGAUGGAAGAGUAUGCAUUAGUAUACUUCAUGCACCGGGGGAUGAUCCAAUGGGAUAUGAAAGUAGUUCAGAAAGAUGGAGUCCAGUACAAAGUGUCGAGAAAAUAUUAUUAAGUGUUGUCAGUAUGCUUGCUGAGCCAAAUGACGAAAGUGGGGCUAAUGUUGAUGCUGCUAAAAUGUGGCGUGAAGACCGAACUGAAUUUGAAAGAAUCGCUCAAAAAUUGGUACGGAAAACGCUAGGUAUUUCAUCAUAAUUUUUUUUUUCUCUCCCUUUGUAUACAUAUAUUUAUGAUAGAUAUGCAUAUUUCUGCUACAAUUUUUUCAUUGAUCGAUAACUGGGAAAUAAAAAUAUAGAUAAAGAUUUACUUAUUUUUUUAUUUCCUUUUGCUUUAUUCUCUAUGGUUUUUUAUAGUUAAAAAUAGGGUUACCAUAUCUCCAGGAAACCAAAUCAGAACAUUUUCCUCCCACUCCAAAAUUUCACCCUCUCCACCCAUAAAUUUAUGUUUCAAGUUGAUAAUCAUAACAAUUCAUUUAUUUUAAUUAUAUGUUAUUUAUUUAUUCGUUUUUUUUUAAUUAUUCAGUAACUAUUCAUCACAAUUACACGAACGAUAAAAAAAUUUUUUACAGUAGUCAAUUUCUUUGUCUAAAUUAAUUCAUUAAAAAUUAAUUCGUUAGCAAAAUUCUUUCUUUAGGCAUUUUUCUUAUAGCUUUCAAGUUGUUAAAUUAAUAAUAUUUUAAACAAAUUAAAAGCUAUAGAAAAAAUGGCUAAGGAAAGGAUGUUGCUCACUAAGCAAUUUUUGAAGAAUUAAUUUAGCUAAAGAAAUUAAUUGGUGAGCCACAUUCUUUCCUUAGCCAUUCGUCGAUAGCUUUUCAUUUAUUUAAACAAAUUAAAAGCCAUAGGAAAAAUGGCUAGGGAAAGGAUGUGGCUUACCUAUUAAUUUUCAAAGAAUUAAUUUCGCUAAAGAAAUUAAUUGGCAAGCUACAAAAUUUACAAAAAAAUAAUUUUACGAAAAUAAAAGAAGGGUUGCCUAGGCUAUAGAAAUUUUUCAUCGGGCCCCCUAUACUCUAUAUGACGAAGUACAUAUACUGCACGCUAUCUAAAUUUUAAUAAUUAGAAGUAUUCAAGAGUCCAUCAUAGAUAGCGUAAAUUCUAUAUUAUAUUUAUUAAAAAAACUUUAUAAUAAAAAAAAAUUUCAAAAAUUGUAAACGAGUCUCAAAAAUCAGGACAUUUAACAAAUCAGGACCGUAUCAGGACAAGCCGUUCAAAAUCAGGACAUGUCCUGCUAAAUCAGGACGCAUGGUAACCCUAGUUAAAAAUCUUAGGUACUGAAUAAAUCGAUAGUUUUGAAAUUAAAAAUCUAGGAGUUGUUUUUUGUAAUGGUUUUUAUGAUCGUCAAAACUUGAAAGCAUCCGAAUUCAGUGCAGUAGCUCUCAGUGAUGACUUGCCAGAAUUCCAGCCUCUCGUGUAAUUCCAUUCCACUUACACUGAGAGAAAAAUAUAUUAUAUUUUAAUAAAAAAUAAGUUAAAUUUUACAAUGUUCUAUAGUACUAGUGGAAGUUUUGGAAACAACAGUAUAAUUUAUAAUGUAGUCGUUUUGGCCAAUAAAUUCCACUUAUUAUAAUAA